UUGGGAUGGCGCGGCAGCGAAGGGCGGGGUAGGGGCUGAGCCCCUGGGGCUGCAACUCAGGACUUGUGCCCAACCGCAGUCUUCGAGCUGCCUCCUAACAGGCUGCGGGCGUGGGACAAGCAUGGGGACGCCUACCUGACAAGAUCCAGGCCGCGGAGUGCAUCUCCAUAGACAGCCGGAAGGGACGCUCAAAGACUUGGCUCCCACAGCAGCCUCAUUGUAGCUUUCGUCAACCCUUUCCAUCACCGGCCUCGGUCCCCCGCCACAGGAACCCGACCCAGCUCUAAGGGGCUACCUGGCUUCUGAUAUAGGCUCUGGGCAAGAAGGCCUGGCUGUAGGAUUGUUAGAUGACCAAGAGAUGAACUGUAGGGCGCCUCAGAGACUGUCUGCUCAGUGGGCAGUGCAGACGCUAAGAGAGGAGUGUGUGGCAAGACUCUGGCUGUCGCCAUCUUUCUAAGGCUGUCCCUGACACCUGAACACAAGGUGCUCUAGGAAGAGAAGAAACAGAAAAGCAAGAAGCAGUAGGAGCUGCAAACAGUGUGGCCAUGGAGUCUCAGGUCAGGAACUGACCAAAUUACUAGCUGAAGGGCAAAGAACAGCUAUGUCAAGAUCUGUGGGUACAGGAUCCAUCAAGGGCACAACAAGGUCAGAUUGGCUUACAGGAGAGCUUUCAGCUCCUGAGGAAGGCACUCAGCUCAAUAGAAGAUGGGUGACCCAGAGUCAGAUUUCAACCUCAAAGUCGUCCUGGUCAGCUUCAAGCAGUGUCUUACUGAAGAUGGACAAGUGCUGCUGGACCAUUACAUCACCAGCUGGAAGGGGCUAGUCAGGUUUCUGAACAACCUGGGUGCCGUCUUCUCAUUCAUCUCCAAGGACGUGGUCUCAAAGCUGCAGAUAAUGGAAGGUCUGAGGAACAGCCCACAGUGUGAGCACUACACCAGCUUACAGUCCAUGGUCGCCUACGAGGUGGGCAACAAGCUGGUAGACAUAGAUCGCCGCUCACGGCCCCGAUACCCUAACUCGGGCUGCCGGACUGUGCUGCGCCUGCACCGUGCUCUGCGCUGGCUGCAGCUGUUCCUCGAAGGCCUGCGCACCAGCCCCGAUGAUGCUCGUACCUCCACACUCUGCAGUGAUGCCUAUAACACCACAUUGGCUGCCUAUCACUCGUGGAUCGUACGUCAAGCUGUCACUGUGGCUUUCUGCGCCCUGCCCACACGCAAGGUCUUCCUCGAGGCCAUGAAUGUGGGCUCCUCUGAGCAAGCAGUGGAGAUGCUGGGAGAGGCCCUACCCUUCAUUGAGAAUGUGUAUGACAUCUCCCAGAAGCUCUACGCUGAGCACUCCCUGCUAGACCUGCCCUAAGGGUGCUUCCCCUACUCAGAACUGGGCUUGGGCAACCUGGGGCCUCUCCCACAGCAGUGCUUUCUGGAUGCUGCUAUCCCCCUGAAAGCUGGGCUUGUCGAGGGCCACGGGCUGUGAAGAGAAAGGCAGCGGCAGCUGAGCCAAAUGAGGUGGGUGGUAGCUGUGCUCUUGGUCCAGGACAAGACCAUUGAACUCCA